GAAGCCGGCGCGGAGAAAAAGCUGCUUAGUAAGGCCAGAAAAUAUACACCACAGUGUGCCUAGGUAGAGAAACUCCAGCAGGCGUCAACACCACGCUGCCCAUCCCCGGCUGCCAAUUCUGCGACAAUGGCCCUGUCGAUGCGUGCAGUGCGGCUUCUGGGGCGCCGGCCGGCUCUGACCCGGGCGCGCCUGCCUCUCCGCAUCGCAACGCAAUUGCCUCGUCCCCGUCCCAAUACCACCCAGCGCGCCUUCGGCACGACCGUCCCGCGCCCCGAUACGCCCCAUGUCUUCCAUUCGUUGAAGGAGGGCCCGGCCGCCGACUUCCUUUCUACCUUCCAGCAGACGACCACGGUCCCCCAGACACUCACGGAGAAAAUCGUACAGCGGUACGCCGUGGGUAUUGCCCAAGGCAAAGUGCUCAGGUCCGGCGACUACGUGACAUUGCAACCGCACCGAUGCAUGACGCACGACAACUCGUGGCCGGUCGCCCUCAAGUUCAUGUCCAUUGGCGCCACCAAGAUCCACGACCCCAACCAGAUCGUAAUGACGCUCGACCACGAUGUGCAGAACAAGUCCGAGAAGAACUUGAAGAAAUACACUCAAAUUGAGGAGUUUGCCCAGAAGCAACAAGUCGUCUUCUACCCGGCCGGACGAGGCAUCGGGCACCAGAUCAUGGUCGAAGAGGGCUACGCGUGGCCGGGAACUUUGGCCGUGGCUUCCGACAGCCACUCGAACAUGUACGGUGGAAUCGGAUGCUUGGGCACACCGGUGGUGCGAACAGACGCCGCGAGUAUUUGGGCAACGGGCAAGACCUGGUGGCAGAUCCCGCCGGUCGCCAAGGUCACCUUCAGAGGGACGAUGCCUAAGGGCGUCACUGGCAAAGACGUAAUUGUAGCUCUGGCUGGACUUUUCAACAAGGAUGAGGUGCUCAACCAUGCCAUUGAGUUCACCGGUAGCGACGAAACACUUCGAACUAUCUCCGUGGACGAUCGCCUAGCCAUCGCGAACAUGACUACUGAGUGGGGGGCUCUCACCGGCCUGUUCCCCAUCGAUUCAGUCCUCCAUGGAUGGCUGAGAAUGAAGGCCACCGAUGCCGCCAUGUACGGCAGCCAAAGCGACUACAAGGAUCUCCAUCAGAAGCAGUUCCUCCACGACCGGAUCGACAAGCUCUUCUCCGCAACUGGCAUCGUGGGCCAGCAGACCGGCCACAUCUUCCAGCCCGCGUUGGCGGCAGACAAGGGAGCAGUCUAUGCCAAAGAGUUGUUCCUCGACCUCUCCACCCUGGCUCCGUACGUCUCUGGCCCCAACUCCGUCAAAGUCGCUACGCCGUUGAACGAGCUGCAGAACCAGGCCAUCAAGAUUAACAAGGCUUACCUCGUCUCAUGCACCAACUCUCGCGCUUCCGAUCUCGCCGCAGCUGCCAAGGUUUUCAAGGAGGCUGCAGCCUCCAACGGUGGCAAGAUGCCUAAGAUUCCAGACCACGUCAACUUCUACAUUGCCGCUGCAUCGUUACCCGAGCAGCGCGCCGCCGAGGAGCAGGGUGAUUGGCAAGCCCUUCUGGAAGCUGGCGCACAGCCUCUGCCGUCAGGCUGUGGACCGUGCAUCGGCCUCGGUACCGGGCUGCUGGAGCCUGGUGAGGUUGGUAUCAGUGCCAGCAACCGCAACUUCAAAGGUCGCAUGGGAUCCCCCGAUGCGAAGGCGUACCUCGCCAGCCCCGAAGUCGUCGCAGCAAGUGCUCUCUCCGGCACCAUCUCCGGCCCAGGAUGGUACGAAGAGCCCGCUGGCUACACAGGCGUUCGACGCGGCCAAGGUGAUGGCGUAGCAGAGGAAGAGCGUAUGAUGACCAUCGAAGACAUGCUCGAAAAGGCCAUCAAGCAGGCAGAAGAAGCCAUCGAGGCAGCCGAGAAUGCCGCCAUAGAGACGCAAUCCAUCAACCCUCCAGGCACUGCUUCAGAAUCGGAGAGCCUAACUGAAAUCCUCCCCGGUUUCCCAGAGAAGAUUAGCGGCGAGAUCGUCUUCUGUGAUGCAGAUAACAUCAACACCGAUGGCAUCUAUCCCGGCAAAUACACGUAUCAGGACGACGUCAGCCGCGAGAAGAUGGCAGAGGUCUGCAUGGAGAACUACGACCCGUCCUUUGGCGCGGUAGCAAAGGCAGGCGACAUCCUCGUGUCCGGCUUCAACUUUGGCUGCGGUAGUAGCCGCGAGCAAGCAGCGACCGCCAUCCUCGCCAAGGGCAUCCCUCUCGUCGUCGCAGGUAGCUUCGGCAACAUCUUCAGCCGGAACAGCAUCAACAACGCGCUCAUGGGCGUCGAGGUUCCCAGGCUAGCCAACCGCCUCCGCGAAGUGUUCUCUUCCUCGACACCUCCGUCUUCCCAGCAAAACAUAGACGAGCCAUCGCAGAACCGCGAAUCAUUAGACUCGCCACCCCCAGGUGCCGUGGCACAACCUCCGCAAGCCAAGCAGCUCACAAGGCGCACGGGCUGGACGCUUGAGUGGGACGUGCGCAGGAGCACCGUCACCGUGCAGGAGGGUCCUAGCGGGCUCGAGUGGAGCGUGAAGGUUGGCGAGCUGCCUCCCAACGUCCAGGAAAUUAUUGCGCUCGGUGGACUGGAGAGCUGGGUCAGGAAGGAGAUUGGCGGCACUGUUUGAAUGCCGCUUUUGAGCAUGAGAUACUGUAUAUUGUGUGUAUACCCAUAGUCAUUUGCAUGGGCGGAGUUCCGGCUCUGCAUUAGCGCACGUCGAAAUACAUUUCCGUAAGCGUUCUUGCACGGAUUGGCAAAAGUUCGGCGCGGGGCGGAUGAAACUCACAGUCGCGCGCGUGUAGCUGAAAAGUUAGAUACGCCGGGAAUGGAGAAGUCGUUCUUUUCGUGGUCCACGGCGAGGUCGGUCUGCGGGGCUGUGGCUUUGGUGCCCGUGUAGAGGUGGACUAGGAAUCGGAAUAUGGCUAGUAGGAGUCCUAGCGCGCCGAGGGGCGGGGACGUAUGCGCUGCUCCAGGGCAGCCAGCGUUCACUCUAGACAACAAGGACAUUCAGCGCCCAAGACUCGUCCACGCAUUGCCGGCAAAUUGCACUCAGCUGUUAGAUUUGCUG